AGGACAAGAGCAGCGUGCAGAGCCACAAGAGCAACGGCCGCAUCAGCCGGUCCAGCUCCUUCAGCCGCCAGCCCAGCCAGUCCACAGGAGAAGCUGGAUGAUCCCGUCGAGCGAGGUGAAGCUCGGGGAGGAGCUGAGCAGGACGGACUCUAAAGAGCGUCAUAUAUUCCGCCGAGUGGAGGGGCACCAAGGUGGUCGCCAAGUCCCUGCAGGCGCCCAACUCCAGCUCCGCCAGCUCGUGGACACUGAACAGCUCCGCGAAUGCUGUUGCGGACGAAGAUGCGAUCUCCCUGCUGACCAUGGAGGUCCUCCACGAGAUCUCCCUGCUGACCACGAUGAGGCACCCCAAUCUCAUACUCUUCCUGGGCGCGUGCCUGGAUCGCAGCCGGCGCCCCGGCCGCGCGCGCCCCGCGAGGCGUUGUGGGGGCGCGGAGGUCGUGGAGGCCUGCGCUCGGUCCCCCGUUCUUCAUUUUGGAGUACAUGGAUGCGGGGGACCUGGAACGACACUAUCCCGAAGUGGGCCAAGUCGGGGCACCCCUACCGCCCGCCGCUGGCCCUCUUCCUGAAGUGGACCGGUUCCGUCGCCAGGGCCCUGUGCUUCCUCCACCAGCGCACCCCGCCGGUCAUCCACAGAGACCUGAAGCCCAUGAACCUGCUGCUCGACAAGAACCACGUCCUGAAAGUGACUGACUUCGGCAUCAGCAAGCGCAUGCCCCUUGACACCGAGACCGUCGCACCUCGAAUGUCUGGAGGCGUUGGCACCUGGAGGUACAUGGCGCCGGAGGUGGUGCGGUACGAGCAGUACACCGACAAGGUUGAUAUCUACUCCUUUGCUCUCAUCAUGUGGUUCAUGAGCACGGGCACCCAGCCCUUUGUCGAGGAGUUCGGCAAGGACGACGCGGAGCUGGUACUCAAAGAGUACCUCAAGGGCAACGAGCCGCGGCCGCGCCCCAGCGCCGCCACCCUGCUCGGCGGCCGGGCGGCCGAGCUCAGGCAGCUCAUGCAGGAGACUGCUGGCACGCGGAGCCGGCGAGGCGCC